AGAACGAGCGCGGUCAAUAAGAACAUUCCUUCUGCUCGCUCUUUUCUCCAGAGUUUCUAUAGACUAAGGCAGGAAUGUAGGUGAUUAAUUCCGAGGCUCUGCCGUUCGAUCCAAGCGCCCGCACAGACACACAAACACACACCACACACACACACACAAGCUCACGUCUUGGAGACGACAGCGCCGUACCCCGCAACCAAACCACCCAGCUCUGCUAUUUCGCCGACCCCCGCGAACUGAGCCGGACUUAAGUAAACACCAGCUAAUGACAAGGUCUGCGAAACAAAACCGCACUUCACUUCGCAGCUGGGCAAGAUCAGCCCGUCUCUCUCUCGCUUUCCUCCUCCCGUCUUUUGCCUUUGGCAAAGGCUAAGCGGAUCCUUCCGAUCGAGCAGAAGAAAGCCGUGUAAAAAGAAGGAUCCCUUAGCCUUUCCGCGCGCUCUCCCCAGGCUUGGGAGGUGGUGGGGAGGAGAAGAGAAGCGAAGGAGAGGCGAAAGCCUCCUUGAGCUGCAACUGAUUAAAGGCUGCGUUGGGUUAGUUUUUGUGGCUUGCUUCGCUUUCUCCGGAGGCAGGGAAGGAAAGGAAAGGAAAGGAAAGGCGGCUGGGAGGGGGGCGGGCAGCUUUUCCCCAGCCGUCUCUUUCAACCUGUCCGCCUUGUGAUUUCGACAGCCGCAGCUCAGCCCUGCCGUUCCCUUGCUUUUAUUUUUGCGAAGUUGUUGGAGGCGCCCGCAGGAUGGGACGUCGCCGGCGUUCUUCGCCUGCUUUCCGAGCCCUGCAGUUGCUCGCCUGGACUUUCCCUCUGGUGACAUUGGCUUCGUUGGCGGACGAAACCUUAGAGAGAGCCUCGAAAUCCGAAGGCUACUGCAGCCGGAUCCUGCGAGCCCAAGGCACGAGGAGGGAAGGGUAUAAUGAAUUUAGCCUCCGCGUGGAAGGCGAUCCGGAAUUCUACAAGCCCGGGAACAGUUACCGGGUAACACUAUCUGCAGCUACACCAGCCUAUUUUCGUGGAUUCACAUUGAUUGCUUUGAAAGAAGGCAAAGAAGGUGACAAAGAAGAAGACCAUGCUGGUACUUUCCAGAUUAUAGAUGAAGAAGAAACACAGUUCAUGAGUAAUUGUCCUGUGGCUGUGACAGAGAGUACACCAAGAAGAAGGACUCGCAUUCAGGUGUUUUGGACAGCUCCUUCUUUGGGCACAGGCUGUGUAAUUUUGAAAGCAAGUAUUGUCCAAAAGCGAAUUAUUUAUUUUCAAGAUGAAGGAUCUCUCACCAAGAGGUUGUGUGAGCAAGACUCCACCAUGGAGGGUGUGACAGAUAAGCCAAUCAUAGACUGCUGUGCCUGUGGAACUGCUAAAUAUAGGCUUACCUUUUAUGGAAACUGGUCAGAGAAAUCACAUCCAAAAGAUUAUCCACGACGAGCCAACCACUGGUCUGCAAUUAUUGGUGGAUCUCAUUCGAAAAACUAUGUUCUUUGGGAAUAUGGAGGAUAUGCAAGUGAAGGGGUGAAGCAAGUUGCAGAGCUUGGAUCCCCAGUUAAAAUGGAAGAAGAAAUUAGGCAACAGAGUGAUGAGGUUUUGACUGUCAUCAAAGCAAAAGCACAGUGGCCUGCCUGGCAACCACUAAACGUGAGAGCAGCUCCCUCUGCUGAAUUUUCUGUGGACAGAACACGCCACCUUAUGUCUUUCCUUACCAUGCUAGGCCCCAGCCCUGACUGGAAUGUAGGCCUUUCAGCUGAAGAUCUGUGCACCAAGGACUGCGGAUGGGUCCAGAAGGUGAUUCAGGACCUGAUCCCAUGGGAUGCUGGCACUGACAGUGGAGUCACCUAUGAGUCCUCCAACAAGCCAACAGUACCUCAGGAGAAGAUAAGACCACUCACAAGUCUAGACCAUCCUCAAAGUCCUUUUUAUGACCCUGAAGGAGGUUCCAUUAAAUCAGUAGCCAGAGUUGUCAUUGAGAGGAUUGCGCGAAAGGGGGAACAGUGCAAUAUUCUUCCUGAUAGCAUCGAUGACAUUGUUGCAGAUCUUGCUGCAGAAGCUCCAGAAGACGAAGAUGAUACUCCUGAAACCUGCAUCUAUUCGAAUUGGUCUCCCUGGUCAGCCUGUAGCUCUUCCACAUGUGAAAAGGGCAAGCGGAUGAGGCAGAGAAUGCUCAAAGCCCAGCUUGACCUCAGUGUGCCUUGUCCAGAAACUCAGGAUUUCCAGCCUUGUAUGGGCCCAGGCUGUAGUGAUGAAGAUGGCUCUACAUGCAUGAUGUCUGAGUGGAUAACGUGGUCCCCUUGUAGUGUAUCUUGUGGCAUGGGAAUGCGAUCGAGAGAGCGUUAUGUGAAGCAGUUCCCGGACGAUGGCUCCAUGUGCAAAGUGCCUACAGAAGAAACGGAGAAAUGCAUUGUAAAUGAAGAAUGUUCUCCUAGCAGUUGCCUGGUAACCGAAUGGGGAGAGUGGGAUGAAUGCAGUGCCAGCUGUGGGAUGGGAAUGAAGAAGAGACACAGAAUGAUCAAGAUGACCCCGGCAGAUGGAUCCAUGUGCAAAGCAGAAACCACAGAAGCUGAGAAAUGCAUGAAUCCCGAAUGCCAUACCAUUCCCUGCCUGCUUUCUCCUUGGUCUGAAUGGAGUGACUGCAGUGUCACUUGUGGAAAGGGGAUGAGGACCAGGCAACGGAUGCUAAAAUCUGCUGCGGAGCUAGGAGAUUGCAAUGAAGAACUAGAACAAGUAGAGAAAUGCAUGCUGCCAGAGUGUCCAAUUGACUGUGAUCUGACAGAAUGGUCUCAGUGGUCUGAAUGCAAUAAGUCUUGUGGCAAAGGCCAUAUGAUCAGGACAAGAAUGAUCAAAAUGGAACCACAGUUUGGAGGCGCUCCAUGCCCAGAAACUGUACAACGUAAAAAAUGCCGAAUAAGAAAAUGCUUGAGAAACCCCAAUAUUGAGAAAAGGCGCUGGAAAGAAUCUCGGGAGAAAAGGAGGAGUGAACAAGCGAAAGAAGAUGUAGAUGGUGGGCAAUUCCCAGGUUGUAAAAUGAAGCCAUGGACUGCUUGGUCAGAAUGCACCAAACUGUGUGGGGGUGGAAUCCAGGAGAGGUUUAUGACCGUCAAGAAGCGUUUUAAAAGCAGUCAGUUCACUAGCUGCAAAGACAAGAAGGAAUUAAGAGCCUGCAAUGUUCAUCCCUGUUAGCAAACCGAAGUCUUUUGAAUAAUGCACUCCUGAGCUAAAUGUAAAAAAAAUCAACCUUGGUUUGAUUUUUUUAAAAAAAAGAGAAAAUAUAUAAAUUGUGUAUAUUAGUCUUCAUUUUUGCAGUGUGGUUUGCUUAAUUAGUCUUGCUGGUGCAAGAGAUCUAUUUUAUAAAUACUUCCUUACAAACAUCUGCUGAGAGUAGCUCCUUAAUGCUCCAGCUAGCCCUUAAUGCAUAAAACUAGUGAAGUCAUUGUGAAAUCUUAUAACACUGAAAUUAUAGACAUAUCUGUGUGGACAAACCAUAAUCAUAGAAAUAGUCCCUGUAAAUACUUGGGAUGCAUGCAAAAAUGAUACUGCAAACCUAAAUAUUUGGAAACCAUUUUCAAAAUAUUCAAAGCAGUGCCUCUGUGUUUAUACAGCUGUGCCAAGGAAUUACUUUAAUAAUACUACAGGUGCAUAUUGAUCUUUAACCAUCAGCAAUGUAAAAAAAAAAGGUAUUUAUAGCAAUCCUUUGACAAUAUUCUUUUUCUUCUUCUUCCUGCAAUUGCUUAGACCCCCUAUUAAAUAAAUCACCUUAUGAUUGUUUCCAUUAAGAAAGGAAAGCAAACAUAAGCUGCCCAGACAGUGAAGAGUAAGGAGGAACAAUUUUCCAUCUGUAAGCCAUAUGUCAAUUAGCCAGUAAGCUGCAUUUAAAAAUAUCUUCCAUACUCUCUCACAGUCAUAAGCUAGGUGAUAAGGUACAGGAAAAUAGCCUCCUUUAACAAGUUCUCCUUGCGUGCAACAUAGCUAGGGAAAUACAUUUCAGAAGCUUGAGGGGGAAUUGUGGACUUUUAUAGAGUUAACCAGUGUAAAGAAACAAUAUAAAUACUCACAAAAGAUGUGAAUCUACCCAGCUCUAGAGUAGUUGAUCUUAUUCUAUCCACCAAGUCUAGGAAGAACUAAGGAGCGUUUUAUUUUGUUUGCUUCAGAAUAUAAUUUUGCUUCUUUGUCACACAACAACUUAAUUUGACUUCUAUUCCUCUUACAUAAACGUCCCUGCAUUCGUCAUGUUUUUGCUUUAUUUUUCUACUUGGUAACUCAGUGGUGAACAAAGCACGUGCAGAAAAUGCUUUGUGGGAACAUGGUGUUACUAAUUUCCAAGCAUGCACACCCCUACUCACAAAGAGCAAAGGAAAAAGCAUAGCUGUUUGAAAAAUGUCAUGAAGUUGAAGGAUUAGAUAAAUGCCAGUACCACUGACAGGUUCCUUAGGGACAUCUUAGGAAUGAAGAUGAAAGCUCCUAUAUUUGUAUUAUAAAAUAUUAUUACAGGCUUAUAGCUUGAACUUUUAGAUUUCAGCUUCCAUAAUCCCUAGUCAACACAGAUGGUUGAAGAGACCGCUAUUAAAAAAAAUCAGAUUCUCUGUCUGCAAUUUAACAAGCAACUAUGUGGCAUGUCUUGCAAACAAGAUAGCUUAAAUUAAUAAAUGCCAAAUGCCAGUACACAUUAGAUCCCCAAACAGAAAAUUUUAACUUAAAAGCAUGAAGCCUGAUCAUGUCAAGCAGGAAUUGGGUCAAUAUAUUUACAGAAUUAACUGGCUUGGCCUUUUUAGAUAGCAGAAAUCCUUAGCACCUUAGGGGUACAAGGGUGGCCAUGGGGAAGGGUUUUUAGCUUCCGAAGAUUAGCAAUGUUCUUUUCCCCCCAAAGUUUUAUGUACAGAUACCUAAUACUUUCAUUUUACCACUUCCAUAUGACCACACAAUCUUCCAUUUUAUGAAGUUUCCAAAGUUCCUCCAUCUAAAUCUAGAUAAGGCUAUGGCUCAACUAGCUUGCUAGAAAUGUACCCUCAUAAAUUAUAUUACAAUUAUUGUACUUUUUCAUUCUGAACAGCCAGUCAUUUUUUUAAUGUAACUCACCCAAAAAC